GGGUGCUCUCGUCUCGGGAUCGCGGUGUCGCGGGAUACUGCGGCGCCCCCGAACGAAAAAGCCCGCGCAGUCUCUUCUGACAUACUGAGGAAAUGUUAGUCAUCCCAAGCCGGACAACCCGCAUGGCUUUGCUUUGCCUGGUUGGUGAGAUGCCGUGGCAAGCCCCGGAACAGACGGAACUUCGGGGCCAAAGGUUGGUCAACGGGGCGGGAUGACGUCUGCUGGCUACGCGUUUAAAUAACAGCCAGUAUUGGACUCAGCUGAAACUCCAUGUAGUCCCGUGCGCGAUAUUGCGAUUCCCUUGUUCUACACCUUGAAUACCCGUAGAUCCUCGUCGAGAUGCAGAAAGUCAAGGCCAGACUGCCGUCAUGGGACACUACAAAGACCACAAGCAAGAAGGGCUUUGACAAAGUGUGGGGUUGGGCCGACAAGCUGGGUGCACCAAUUAAUCGGCUCUCGAAUCGUAUUGGCAGUGAGGCAUUCUGGCCCACGACCCUGGACAAAGAGAGUGACAAAGCCGCCAGAAUUUUGAGAUCAUUUUGCAAGGAUGGCUUCUAUACCGAGGAGGAAAAACCAGCUGAUGGCGAACAGGCUGGGCCCAAGCAGAAGCAGCGCGUCUUGAAGAAAAUCCCACAAAAAGUGAUACAGAAUGCUGUCGGCCUCGCCAUCUUUACUACCAUGCGAACCGGUCUCUGGGUAUCUGGAGCCGGCGGAUCCGGAGUCCUCGUAGCCCGAAAUGAGGAGGAUGGUUCUUGGUCUCCUCCAUCUGGAAUCCUGCUGCACACAGCAGGUCUUGGCUUCCUAGUUGGAGUCGAUAUCUACGAUUGCGUCGUUGUCAUCAACAACCGAAAAGCCCUGGAUGCAUUCACUAAGAUCAGAGCAACUCUUGGAGGCGAGAUCAGUGCUGUUGCCGGACCCGUCGGAGCAGGCGGGGUGCUUGAGAACGAUGGCAAGUGGAAGCAGGCCAACAGACCAGUCUUCACCUAUCUGAAGUCAAGAGGAUUUUAUGCUGGAGUCCAAGUUGAUGGCACAGUCAUCAUUGAGAGAACAGACGAAAACGCUCGCUUUUACGGGCAGGAGGGUGUCAAAGUGGCAGACAUCCUAGCGGGCAAAACAAGUCGCCCUCCAGAAAUCAAGAUGCUCAUGGAGACGCUAAAGGCAGCCGAGGGCCGACAAGACGUCGACCAGCAAUUGAUGGAAGAGCUGGAAGGACAGCCUGCGCCAGGAGACGUCGAUGUUGAGGCUCCCGGUGAGGGAGCAGUCUUCGGUAUUCCGGACCCAGAAGAUCCCGAUCCGUACGGUGUUCUCGCCCUCGAGAAAGAAGGACUUGAGAUCCGUGACGCCGCAACCCACUCAAGGCCAUCAAGCCAAGCCUUCGAGUACAACCCCAGCCCCAACAGCCCCACGUACAAAAAGUUCUACAGAAGGAGUCUAGAAACCGGAACAAGGAGCAAUCGAGACAGCUAUGCCUCAACACCGAGCAGGACAUAUACGACAUCUGAAGCUAGUACGCAGACUGAACCUGUUUUGAUAACACCCAUAACGAGCACGACACCGGAGGAUAAGUCUUUGGCCCAUCCGGAAAAAAUCGAUGAUGACAAGUCAAGCAUCUACGAGGAUGUUCGGCUGGAGGAUGACUUCCGGUCGCCGUAUGAUGGAUCGUCACAGUCGCCUUAUACUACGGUUGAUAGCUUCAUCACACCACCACCUGGACCACCACCGCCGCUGCCCGCUAGAAGUCCUGUUGCGUAGUAAGAGUGUCGGAUAGAGAGUGUUUUCAGCCAGGCGUAGGGAUAUCGGAGAAAGAAUGGAGCUAGACCUGCAACGUUUGUGAAUUUAGAAACUACAUCUCGUACCCUUCGAUGCCAACCAUCCGCGUGAAGCUUCAUCUUUAUGUCCUAUAGCCUAGCAUAGUCGACCUUUGGCUAAUUAGUAUGAGAAUAGUGAGGCUCUCCUGGCUUGUUGCGCUCUUCACCCUCCUCCUCAUCCGAGUAGAUCAGUGGAGGCGGCGACUCGACACCACCAGGUCUCAAGGGCUUCCGUCUAUCGCGCCACAAUAGCACCUGGAUAAAAGCAGUCUGCAAAACUGACAACGCAAAUUAGUCUUCAAGAAGGUGUGUAGGGGAGGAGGCACGAACUCAGGAGUACUUGCAAAAUGGUUGAGUACGUGUAUCCCUUCCUCGCAGCAGGAAAAUCCGUAGUUUUCCACAUGAACAUGGGCACCUGCAUAAUCAGUAUCGGAAACAAGGUGCCAAAUGAGUAACUUACAAUAGCCUGUACGACAUACGCCAAGUCAUUGGCUAUGGCCACGAUCAGGGCUCGCUUUUCCGUAUCCGCAGAACAUAUCUCAUUGAUCCAACUAAGGAUCAGAGGACCGGCACCGUGCUGAGUUUGCGUUAGAUAUAGUAUAAGGAAAGGAGUGAAACGUACGCCAAUGUUGCUGAGCCAGUACACAACCUUCCUUCCAUCCACAUUGGAGUAAAGUGGCAUGUUCAGAAGGAGGAUGUUGAAGAUGAUCUGUUUGGGACGCUUGAAUUAGCAUGCUCAUCCCAGCUUUCUGUUCCGUGUGUUAACUUACGAUGAGUAUAGCGCCUGCAUAUAUGAAUGGCCAUCGAGCUCCUUGGAGAGGUCCGUCAGAGAGCCAGCCCCAAGUAAGCGCCAUGACAAGGAAGAUCGCCGUGUUGGGAAUAGGUACUGGUGACGCAGGCAUUAGUUAAAAAUCGUGGAGAAUAUGAAGCGAGGCAUAGCUGGGAGGAUGACUUACAGUUGUUGAUCUCGGGCACAGUGAACGAGGUCCCAGGGACCGGAGGAGGCUGGUCGUUGAAGCUCUUCAACCAGUAACCCAUAGCGGCCUGCGGAUUUCCAUUGUUCCAAAGAAUAUACAGCAACGCUGUUGGUCAGUUAUGAGAAUCCUCACAGGUUUGAGACACGACGUACGAAGAUGAUAAGUGUGCCAGCUAGAAAACACCUUCUUUACCCUGUCUUUAGUCCAAGGUUGCUUCCCGGCACGCCCAAUCGCUUGCAUUCUUUUGACCGAUAAAACAUGUUCUUCUUCAGUUGUCCACCAAGUUCGCUUCCCAUCUUGCGGCAGAUUCGGAAAGAAGAAAUACCCGGCUAUUGCAAGUGGGAUGGUGAUGAGACCGUCGAUGAUGAACAGCCAACGCCCUAGAGGAAGAGUUAGCACCAGAUAUACCUAGAUCGCAGUGUCAAGCUAUUCGCAUAGCGAGUGGAUGAGACUUUUAAGCUGCCUUACUUACAACCUGCACGUCCGUGAACGCCAUUAAGAUUUGUAUACGCAGCUCCUUGGAGAAAGCCACUGAACAUGGACCCAACUGAACCAGCCAGCCAGAACAGCAUGGCUCGCUUUCCGAUCUCCCUAGGCGUAUACCAGGAGCCGAGCAUAUAAUGUAUACCGGGAUAGAAGCCUGAUCUGAUACUGAGGUUAGCCGAGUGAGAUGCGACAGCAAGGUACCGUGAGGGGCUUGAGCGAGGACGAUACAUACUCGAAGAAGCCCACGAAGAAUCGUAACACAUAAAGACUCGUGUAUGAUUGAACCGAUGAGGUACAGAUAGUUGCUAUACCCCACCCCACUUCAAGCGAUGGAAUGACCCAUCGUGGCGAGACUCGUGUCAAUAGUAGAUUUGACGGUAUCUGCCCAAUGACAUAGCCAAAUGUCCAUAUCGAAGUGCCUUGGGUUUAAUGUCUGUCAGGGGUAUCACGAAGAAGUGCCACGUGUGCACUCACUAGUCACAAGCUGAUUACCAAACAUCUCAAGGUCCUCCUGCAUGCCGCUUAGAAACGCGUUAUUGAUGUUGGUCUGGUCGAUGUUCUUGAGGAAAUAUCCUAUUGAUGCGAAGGUCAAGAUAAAGGCAUCAACCUUGAAUAGUAAACGCCUCUGAUCCUGCGGUAGUUCCCAGGUAUCCCAUAUGUAUCCUUUCCAUGUUUUGAUUGGCUCGAAAACUACAUGAUCCUCGGUACUCUCUGAUGAAGCGUCGGCCAGGGGCACGUAGCCUUGCGAUCCUGGGUUUCUCAGUGUCGCCAUGACGUGAUACGAAAUAACAAAAAUGCAAAGCGAUUACAAGAUAUGUUCGAAUCUCAUCAGAAUCGUUCUUAUGAUGGAAGAUAUACCAUUAUUCCUAUGAUUCGGGGUAUGCUGAUCCAUGUGACCAAACAUAUGUGCUAAUUGUUCCCUCCGAUCGCGUCAGUCAACCUACGCACCACGUAAUUGGCCCCUUUCAGAUCCCGACG